AUGAUUAUUCCCCAGUUUAUUGCUGAAAACAUUCAGGCCAUGAUGGCCGUCUCCGACGUGUGUCCUACAGAGCUUGUUGGAAACUCUCUUUAUAAGAGAGACAUAAACCAUACCUGGGACGAUACCAAGAACGGAUGGAACAAGUGCAUGGACAAAAAAUGGUGCAAAAUCGUGGCCAUUGUGGGGAUAGUUAUCGGUGCUCUACUUGCCUUCUGGUUGCUUUCGACCUUAUUUCAGCUGAUCUGCUGUGGAGUCAAAUGUGUCGACGCGCUGUGCUGCUGCUUCUGCAGAGGGGGAAGGAGAACAAAAACUGAGGUGAUAGACAAGGAACAGCCCGCGCCUACGUCACAAGGAAACGCCUAUACGAAUCCGAACAUGUACUAUCAGCAGAACUCCAAUCCGUUUGGCGACCGACAUGGGUACCAGCAGCAUUACUAG